AAAUAAAGUUGCACUAUAUUGCCAUCCUUUGUUGGAUUACACACCAAAAAAAAAAUUGUAACUGUGAUUGUGAAGGUUAGGGAAAUUAAUUAAGAAAAAAAUGGCAAAGAUAAUAUGUUUUUUGGUAUUCGCAAUUGUGGUUGCGAUGCCGUUGCGUACGGUUAUGGGACAGGCAAGUUUGCAGGAUCUUAUGGGGCAGGGAGAUUUGGCUCAAACUCUUGAUGAGGCUAAGAAGGCUAUUGGUGCUGCUUCUGGUGCAGCAGCCGGUCAAGCCGCGUUUAACGAUUAUUUUGGUGGUGGUGACGAUCUAGGCGGGGGAGCAGCAGGCGGUGCGACAGAUGAGGCCAGUGCAUCUUUGGCUGAUUGGAUAGAUGAUAACGCUACAAGCGCUGAAGCAGGUUCACCACCAAUGCCAGUAGAUUCGCCAGUUGGUGCACCAGAAGAUUUACCAGCAGACACACCAGAAGGAUCAGAAACAGAUGAUGAUGAUGAUACAUUCGCCCCAGGCCGAGCACCAAGCCAAGCACCUGGAUACGAAUUGAAAUAUUCACCAUUCGGAGUACCAACAUAUGCACCCGAUGUUAUGUUUGAGUCACCAGAAGACGGUGACAGUGACAUAGACGACACAAAGUCACCGGGAGGUACUCCAAUAGAGUCACCAACUGAUGCACCUGACGGAGCACCAUCAGAUGACGACGAGGACAUGGAUUUACCUGAUGGUGCUCCAUCAUUCGCACCUGAAGGAGCAUCUGGACUCGAUUUUGAUGAUGAUAGUUGAAGCAAAGAAUAGUAACUUCAACAUCAAGUAAUUCUAAUAUCAAUGUUGAUUAUCAACAUACAGUUAAAUUCCGUUGAAAUUUUAAACCAAGUUGAGUAUGUAACAUAGCACCUAUCAAUUCCCCCCCUUAACAAAAAUGUGCCUAUUUGUUCUUAUUAUGUGCCUAUAGAAAUAAUUGAUCUACUGAAUAACA